AUGGAGGUGCAAUCCUAUUAUGCCAAGCUCUUGGGGGAGCUGAAUGAACAGCGAAAGAGGGACUUUUUCUGUGACUGCAGCAUCAUAGUAGAAGGGCGGAUCUUCAAGGCCCACAGGAACAUUUUGUUUGCCAACAGCGGCUACUUCCGAGCCCUGCUCAUUCAUUAUAUCCAGGACAGCGGGCGGCACAGCACCGCCUCCUUGGACAUUGUCACCCCUGACGCCUUCUCCACCAUCUUAGAUUUCCUCUAUUCUGGCAAGUUGGAUUUGUGUGGGGAGAACGUGAUUGAAGUUAUGUCCGCCGCCAGCUACCUGCAGAUGAACGAUGUGGUGAACUUCUGCAAGACAUACAUCAGGUCAUCCCUUGAUAUCUGCCGAAAGAUGGAGAAGGAGGCUGCUGUGGCGGCAGCAAUGGCGGCGGCGGCGGCGGCAGCAGCCGCGGCAGCUGCAGCAGCAGCCCAUCAGGUUGACAGUGGAAGCCCCAGUUCAGGCAGGGAAGGGACCUCCUGUGAUACCAAGAGCUUGUUCUCUGCAGCCAAGGGAGAAGAGAGUGUGGACUGUCCAAGAGAGUCCCCUUGCGGUGACUGCAGAGGCUGCCACCCCCUGGAACUAGUGGUGAAAGACAGCCAGGGCAGUGGCUCAGCUGACAGUGACCUUUCUACUCUGCCCAAACAGAUAGAGCCCAAAGUGGAGUUUGAUGCUGACGAAGUGGAGGUAGAGGUUGGCGAGCAGCUGCAGCAGUAUGCUGCCCCACUGAGCCUGGUCCACAUGGAGGAGGGAUUGCCCAGUGGCCAGGCGGUGGACUUGGCUUAUAGUAACUACCACGUGAAGCAAUUCCUGGAGGCCCUCCUGCGCAACAGUGCUGUCCAGAGCAAGGAUGAUGCAGACCACCAUUUUUCUCGGAGUUUGGAGGGAAGACCAGAUGGUGCAGGAGGAGCUGUGAGUUCCAUGAUGGAUGUCCAGACUGACUGGUAUGGAGAGGACUCAGGUGAUGUACUGGUGGUCCCCAUCAAGCUCCACAAGUGUCCUUUCUGCCCUUACACUGCCAAACAGAAGGGCAUCCUCAAGCGGCAUAUCCGCUCGCACACCGGUGAGCGACCCUACCCCUGUGAGACGUGUGGCAAGAGGUUCACUCGGCAGGAGCACCUGCGCAGCCACGCCCUGAGCGUCCACAGAUCCAACCGUCCAAUAAUCUGUAAGGGCUGCAGGAGAACCUUCACGAGUCACCUGUCACAGGGACUGCGGCGCUUUGGGCUGUGUGACAGCUGCACCUGUGUUACAGACACACAUGAUGACGAGGACGAUUUGAUGCCCAUCAACCUUAGCCUGGUGGAGGCUUCAUCCGAAAGCCAAGAAAAGAGUGACACAGACAAUGACUGGCCGAUCUAUGUGGAGUCCGGUGAGGAAAACGAUCCUGCUGGAGAGGAUUCUGACGACAGACCACAGCUUCGUUCCCACCUGACAGACCAGGGGACACUCACGUAGCAGUAAAUGAGUGGGGAAGAGGCUUUAGAAUUUGUUAUUGCUCAUCCUGUGGUUGAAAGCCACCUUUUGUCCAAUUUUUGUGGUACUCUGAGAGGAACUUUUUUUUCACUGUUAAUAUAGUUACAUUUUUGUUAGACUUCAUGGUAGGGUUGGAUUUUGUGAUUCAAAGGACUGUGACUUUUUAGUGUGGUGCCUUUGGUUUCUGAGGGCUUUGCUGACUAUACUUAACUCUGAGGGAAUCAAGUCUGGCCCUCAGGCUUCCUGUUUUUCCUAUUGUGCAUCCAAACUCUGGUUAGGAGAAAAAUAAGAAAAGCUCCAUGCUUGUUAUAUUGUCUCAAUCUUCUGCAUUCCUUUGUUGUUAUCAUCUUUUCUCUGAAUAGAUGGGCAAGAAUAUGUCUAUAUAUAUUUAUAUAUUUAUUUAUUAUUUUUUUUUAAAUUUUA